AUGGCGCCAGCUGCUGGCGCGUCCAAAAGUACUGAUGCUCAAGAAAUCAAAACCUUGACUCGCGGUCAAAAAGCUGCUCUUACUCGACAGCGGCGCAAGGAAGAACAAGCCGCCGCAGAUGCCAAAAUCAUGGCAACUGUUCUCCCUCCUAGGCAGGCAAGAGCUACUCCUAAGCCGUGGAAAACACCUGCAACACGGGGUGGGAAGCGGAAACGUUCACAAUCACCAUCCAUCAGGGCAGGGCUAGCCCAAGACGAACAGUCCAAGACAGCUGUCAAAAAGCGCCGCGGUGACGCGGGUUCCGGCUCACGAAUGGAUGCCACCCAAGAUCCAGCAGCAGUCCGUCGUCCAGAUCGAAAGGCCCCACGUCGUCCAGUUAUCCCAGACUCGGAGGAGGAUAACUCGGACCAGGAGCCUUCUGCACAAGCGCUUAGCAACGAGAACAACAGGGUCAAACUCCCAGGAAAGACUGAAGGCGGAGAUGCUGUUUCACCAUUCACCACAGACUCGGAAAGUAGCACGGAUCGCUCGAAGGAUAGUGAGGAAGAAUUUGACGACGAAGGGCUGAUUUCGAAGGGAUCCCAGGCUUUAUGGAAGCAGAUGCAACAAUCGACUCCGUUCUUCUGGAAAAAUGGGUGGUCCGACGAGGAUGAUCCAGAGAAUGAAGUAGUCGAUCCUGUGAAACCCCUACCGCCCAUGAACCCUAUAACACCUGUACGACAGUAUCGUUCGGCAUUAUCCCGAUUCCGCCGUCCGGUGCUACCUGAGUCAGACGGUGGAGAUGACGAAGAUGACGAAGAAAACCAAGACAACCAAGACGACACAGAUCAGGAAGAGCCGCAAGUUGAUGGCGAGGGCAUGGACGAUGAUGCGAUGGCAGAAGAGGAGCACGGAGGCAAGAAUGAGGAGAUGGGACGUGAAGAAGAUGAGGUUCACCGUGAUGGACAGUAUGCGGGUCGGCCAGACAAGGGUAAAGGUCGUGAGAUCGUCCACCAUGACGAAUCAUUUCAUGACGACGGUUGGCCAGAACAUCAACAAGAUUAUGAUGACGAUCAUGGCAUGCCCCGUCCGAUGGACGAGGACGAAGAGAUCGCAACUUUUGUUCGUUACGGAGGUGAUCCAAGCCGAUUUACAAGAAAAUCACUCAAAAAUCCGGAAGUUGACAUGUCAGAAGAGUCUGUAUCUCUCCCGCACAAGUCUCGGGAACCUAUUCAACGUGGUGCCACAUCUGUUACCUCAAUUGCUGGUCCAUCCCGACUCCCCACGUCUUCUAACUCUCGCUCCAUCCAGCCGACAAAGUCAAAAUUGCCGGAAAAGUCGAGGACGAUGGUCAAGGGUCAAAAUCGAGGCGAAGAAAUCACGGAGGAUCAAGUGCAUUCGACAGAGCAACGAGCGGACGGUCGCACGGGUCGUAUGAAUCAUGGAGAUGCUGGUCAAGGUGUUCAGCAGGAUUCCAAUGGGUAUAGUGAGAGUAUGGAUGAGGAUGCACCGCUUCGUCGGGUCAAGGGUCAGGAUUAUCGUCGUCGGGAGGAGAACGAGGAGCAGAAUGAGAGUGAAAGACCCGGACUUGGGACCCGUGUGCGCGGACGUCAUCAGAGCAAGGUUAUGGAGGAUAAUCGUGAUGAUGAGGGCAUGAUCGACGGUCGUGCGGGCGGCGAUGAAGCUGCAGAUCGAGAUGAAUAUGGGAAUGGUCUUCGUCAGUACAAAGAGAGGCGCCAUCAGAACAAGGAAGGGCACGAUUCUCGUGGUGAUCAGAGCACGGGCAAUGACCGCAGUGGUGGUUUGAGGAUUGGCCAUCACGGUGGUAGAGACAGUAGCCGUCAGGUUGUGGAUGUGCGAAGUCUUCACCAGGACGAGGAUGAGGAGCGAGGCCUUCGUAGGGGUGGAUGGGGUCAGAGCAGUGGCAAGCGUACCGAGGAUGGUCGGGUGGGUGAGGGUGUGAGGGAUGGUCACAGUCUCAUCAAGAUGAGGCAGGACAACGGAGUCGUUAUGAGGAUGGGCGAGUCCGACACCGUGGCCAGAGUGGUCGAAUCGACCGUGAAGAUGUGGAUGCAAGGAAUAAUCAUCACGGUAAUAGGCAGAGCGGUGGGCGAGAUGGUGCAGAUGUGCAGGAUCAACGUCGAGGGAAGGCUCCACACGAUGGCCAUCGGAAUGGAAAAGGCCCCGUCCAUGAAGAACGAGACAGGCCACUCUGCUAGGACAAAGAAGGAUCCUCGGUCUAGGACGAUCCAUGAAGAGCACAAUCCAGGUUCAAGACCCCAAGAUUCUCGUCGUUCGACGUCAGCAAAUGUCCGAAACCACUCACCGCCACCUACAGCCUUUCAAAGGCAUUCAUCCAAGCACUCUCACGCCGCGGAGCCUCUGCCGUCGAAGCAAAUAGCCAAAAACUACGCUCCGUCUGUGACCAACCCUCGCCAAGCUACCUCACACUCUAGGGGCGAGAGUAUCUCCAUGUCCGAUAUCUCCUCCGAUUCUUCUGAGGCUACCCAGGACAUGGUUCAGGGAUCAAGUGGACAGAUGUGGCCACACUACACCGUCCUUCACUCAUCUCCUCAGGGGAAGAAGAUGGCAAUUCGGAAGCAGACACCCCAUGUCCGUAAGGUUCUACAGAAGGUAAUCACGAUGACGAUGCCCGAGAUCAUGUGCUGGACGACCGCGUAUCCGGGCGUCAAGAUUCCUGGGAUUCAAUCUAUGUCUACUCGCCUGCGCCUUGUUCGCCGCGCUAUUCGCAGAGCCUCUAUCUUCCCCGGUGUUAAUCUGCCUCUCAUCUCUGACCGUGCAGCAGCCGAAGAUGACUAUUGCGAGGCGUUGGCCGAGAUUCCCAUCGCCCGGAUUGGUACAUUCCGCAAGUUCAUCAAGGAUGCUUGUGCGCUAUAUGUGCACCUGUAUGACUUCAAGGACUUAUCGGAGUCGGACAUUGCCCUUCAUGUUCAAGGGCUUAUCGGCACACCGAAUAAGGAGAAGUAUAUAUUUCCACUCGUAGAUGGAGACGAGAACCAUUUCGAUCAGGAUCAACCUUUCUGUGCUCGUCCGCUUAUUGCAGCGGCGAAUCACUGCUUCUUUGGCCCUUACGCGUUCGUGAUCUUUCCGACAGAAUUCUACAAUUCCAGCUAUGACGAAGGACCGGCAUCUCUCGAGCCUGAACUUCCAGCAUCUAUGGUUUGCCUACUUGCAACUGCGAUGCAUAACUGUCUGGACGAGAUGGCCGAUGGAUUCCGUACCUCAAUCAACUUCGACUCUGAUAAGUAUAGCCAGAGGGUGUAUGCUACGCACAUGGCUACGCUCAAGAACAUCAAGUCUAGCUCUCGGGAACGCUACCAUAUGCUGAUGGCCUAUCUCUAUGAGGAGGCACGUGAUUAUUCUCCAUCUUCUAACCCGCAAGGUGGGAAGCCGAAUACAUAUGUGGAUGUAGGCACAGUUGGUACAGGGCUCCAACUUCGCUCACGAAAGUGA